ACUCGGGCUUAGAAAGUUGGCAUGCUCCCUCCCAGUCCGCCGGUUGCUCGGAGCUCGCGGUUAUGCGCGUCUAGCGUCGGAUGAUUACGCGAGGGCGGUGCCAAGUAGGAGAUAAGCGACGACGAGAACCUCACCGGUAGUUGCAUCCUUUGCUUUAACCAUUUAUAAGCACCUUGUUUAGCUACCGUUAGCUGUUUAUACCAACCAGCUCACAAACAAUUGCUGUUGUUGUUUUUUGUAUGUCCCGAAUUACAUUCAUAUCUGUCAAGAAUUCGAAACGGAAAAUAAACCACAUUAUGGAGACAGAGAUACACGUGCCUGUGGGGUCGCCGGUAAUUCGAAAAAUCCCGAUUUUCGUGGAGGAACAUAACGUUACCGAUGGGGCAAUGAAGCUGAUAAAGCAGCUUCGGCCAGCGUGGGACAUAAACCAUGUCAAGACCAAGCUCUUCACUGAUGGGACCACUAAUAAGCUGGUGGGUUGUUAUGUGGAUGCCAGUCCAGAGGACGUGGUUCUGGUGCGUGUGUAUGGGAACAAGACGGAGCUGAUCGUCGACCGAGACAACGAGCUCAAGAGCUUCCAGGUGCUACAUGCUAACGGCUGUGCGCCGCGCCUCUACUGCACCUUCCAGAAUGGCCUCUGCUACGAGUUCAUGCAGGGGGACGCCCUCGGAACACAGGACGUCAGGGACCCGAUCUUACUCAGGCUAAUAUCCAGGGAGAUGGCUCGAAUCCAUGCGAUCCACGCACAUAACGGCUGCAUCCCCAAACCCAACCUGUGGAUCAAGAUGAGGAAAUAUUUCUCUCUGGUCGCCACGGAGUUCACCGAGCAAGCCUCCAACGCCAGGAUCCAGCAGGAGGUGCCCAGCCAGGCAGUGUUGGAGCAGGAGAUGGUGUGGAUGAAGGAGCACUUGUCUCAGCUGGGCUCUCCUGUGGUGCUCUGUCACAACGACCUGCUCUGCAAGAAUAUCAUCCACAACAGCAAAGAAGGCCAUGUCCGGUUCAUAGACUAUGAAUACUCUAGUUACAACUAUCAGGCCUUUGACAUCGGGAACCACUUCAACGAGUUUGCUGGUAUGAGUGAGCUGGACUAUGGGCUGUAUCCUAGCCGUGAGAUGCAGCUGGAGUGGCUGCGUGUGUAUCUGCAGGCGUACAAACUGUCCACUAAGAAAGGAGAGGAGGUCAGCGACAGAGAGCUGGAGAGACUCUACAUACAGGUCAACAAGUUUGCUCUGGCAUCACACUUCUUCUGGGGCUUCUGGGCACUCAUCCAGACCAAGUACUCCUCCAUCGAUUUUGACUUCCUGGGGUAUGCUGUGCUGCGCUUCAACCAAUACUUCAAGACCAAACCUGCAGUGAUGGCUCUACAGAUCCCAGAAUGACAGGAGAAGAGAGGGACCCCAUCACUGGCACUGACCAGUGGAGCAGACACACUUUGAGCAGGAGAGGGCUGUGCUGGGGGAUGAGGGACAAAAGUUGGGGUUGAGCAUUAUUAAUGGGGUCGAGGGGUGGGGUAAAUAACAGUUAGAGGGCCGAGUGUGGAUGGACCACAACAUUUUUUCCAAACUCGGUCCCUGGCAACAAGCGCAAAUACUAUUUAAUUCCUCUUCAACUCUGUCCACCUCUGUCUCACCAGUCAAGCUCAUCAAGAUUCCCCAAAACAGCCUGGGGUGGUCUGUGUGUAAAUGUGUCUUUAUUUAUUUAUUCUGUGAAGAAUUGAUUGACCUACUGAUGUAAGAUUAAUUCCCCAGGCAGACGGGUAGCUGAAACACUAGCUGAGUCCGGGGGCAUUUGGUGCCAACAUGGAGAACAGUGUGCAGACAGUUCUGUAUUUAUGGGCUCUUGAGUUUUCCCUGUGGUUGUGUUCAAGGCGUGUAGUGUAGGAGAGAGGGCAGCCAGCUUGUCCUUAAUGUAGGCACUGAUCUGAGAGGAUUUCUUAAGCAAUAUGGUCAUGGUUUCACCAUGAAAAUAGUGUAUUCAUUCAACUCAGAUCUACACGAAGUGGCUAGGGGUUGACGUAGAACUGACGUUUUAGUUGCUCUGCAGUGAAGGUGGCAUUGCCGUGUAGGUUAGAGGGGCUAGCCAUGGCAAGACAGUGAUAUGGUCCUUUAAUAAUGUCUGUGACAGCAGAGCUGCCUCUGUGGCCAGGAGCAGCUUUGCGUCACUGGUGCUAGACUUUAAACCAGGGCCCUGUUCUCCCUCUUUUCCACCACUUUAGCUUUUAUAGUUAUGGUGACUCGCUCUGUUAAACUUUGCACUCAGACUACUCUGAAAAUCACAACCUCAAUCACCCCUGCCUUCCCCAGUAUCUGACCCCUCUUCCUCCCCCUUUCUCUCACCUCUCUCUGCCCUAUUACACUUCCUCCUCUCUCGACUCUCUUGAUUGGCUGAGGUGGUGGAGGGACUUUUGCCUGAAGUGCACAUAUUCACUGUAACAUCCCAACCUCCAUCCAUUCAGUCAUAACUUCCCUAAAAAGGAGCCAGAAUCUUAUACAAUAGGUUAUUGCGUAAACUGUCAGAGCCAGUGCUUUAAAGGGUGUGGAAUCACUAACCCCAAUGUUGUUCUGAAGCUUAUCAGGAUGUGAGUGAGGUGGCCAAGGACAAGACAGCAGGGUGAAGUCCACACUGAGCCAGCAACCACUUCCUUCUCUGACUGACAUCAUGAUCUUUGGAGGAACUCUAACACCUUUCUUUAUCCCUUUCCCCCCUCCCUUCCUCUCCAGCCCUCUCAGAUCAGAAGAUCAACAUGUAAGGGAAAGUAGAGGAGAGCCGUAUUAGGAUAUCAUAAGCCUGUCCUGUGAUCCCUGGCUGUCUCCUGUUAUUGACAGGGUUAAUAAUUCACCAAUAUAGGAGGCUGCCAACUCUAUGAAGGUGUUGAAGAGAAGGACUCUUGUGAUGAGUCACUAGCGAUGCUUGCCAGGCCUCUUAGUGACAGUUCCCCUAGCACACUCCAAAAUGUGUUGUCUGGCUACACGGUGAGACUGAUGAGCAGCCUCUUGGCUCUCAGGAGAGCUUGCCUUUUUGUCCCUUGUCACUAGCUGUACAGGCAGGCAGGGAGGGUAGAUACCAUUUUCACCAGCUCUUGUCCUGGAGAGCUACAGUCUAGACACAUGAUUCAACUAAUCAUCAUUAUCCUGGUUCAUUUAAUCAUGUGUGUUAGUGCUGGGCUGGAACAAACCUGCACACCCUGUAACUGUCCAGGACCAGGGUUUUUGACUACUGGAAUAGUGUUAAGCAGAGCAUCUGCAACAUAGCAGUAGAUUGAUGCAACAAAUGGAAAUGACUCAUACUUGAUGUAGGAUUGUGUCCAUUCUAUACAGUACAUUUCUAUCGGCAACAUUCCAAACCAUUUGUCAUUGAGUCAGCGGAAUUGGUUGAGAGAAUCUUGGUGUUUCCUAAAUGGAUGGUCAAGGCCCUCUUGUAUGCAUUUUUAAAGGCCGUUAUGGACAGAGAUGACACUUUGAAAGGCUUCAGGUGAGUCACAGCUCACCACCAACUGUUCUAUGUCAGCCCAGGGUUGAACUAACAGGUGACCAAGUGCAAUGAAUUCCUGUUUAUCGUAGAUGUACAUAUGUGAAUGUGUUUCCUUUGAGUUGACCGUAACAUUUCAGUGAGACUCUUAACUGUAUUCCUGUUAGGGUGCAUCUCAACCGUCUUAGAGUGGAUUCCUUUCCUUCAUCUACACUAAUAGGAAACAAUUAGAUGGAUGACAAAUGAAUCCACCAUAUUGCUUUCAUCCUGUUUUCAGACGUGUGGUGCUUAAGGAGAGAAGAGGGAGACACUAGGUGGAGACUGACCAUAAGAGUAUGAGGGAGACACUAGGUGGAGACUGACCAUAAGAGUAUGAGGGAGACACUAGGUGGAGACUGACCAUAAGAGUAUGAGGGAGACACUAGGUGGAGACUGACCAUAAGAGUAUGAGGGAGACACUAGGUGGAGACUGACCAUAAGAGUAUGAGGGAGACACUAGGUGGAGACUGACCAUAAGAGUAUGAGGGAGACACUAGGUGGAGACUGACCAUAAGAGUAUGAGGGAGACACUAGGUGGAGACUGACCAUAAGAGUGAGGGAGACUGACCAUAAGAGUAUGAGGGAGACACUAGGUGGAGACUGACCAUUAGAGUAUGAGGGAGACAAGGUGGUCGAAUGUCAAGAUGUUCUAUGCACCAAAGCACUCCUGGUGGUCUGUGGUUACAUUCAACUAAACUAGUCAGACACUAGAUUGCCAAGCUACAACAAACAGAAGUGGCAACAUAGGUUAAUGGUUGAGAUUUGUGAUUAGAAAGCAACAGCCUACUUCAUGCUAGCAUGGCCAGAUAGAUGACCAAAUGUCUGCUUCCUGAAUGCACAACCAAAAAUAACCCUGGGUUUCAUGGAAAUGCACCCCACUUAUUGAAGUGGUAGACCAACUACGGCAGGCUAGGGCUGCUUUCCUAUUCUUAAAUAUGCCCUUAACUCCCUUCACAAAAUGUAAACGAUAUGCUUAUUGCUACUACUAGUCGUUUUAGACUCCAGCCUAACACCUAUCCAAUCCUCUCAGAUCUUUGAGGCCAAGCCAGCAGGAGCGGGUUCAAGAAUUGCAGUGCCAGUAGGUCUACUAGUAAAAUCUAUAAAGUAGAGUUUUUAUACACUACUACAGCACAUGCCUUCACUGGACAAACGUUGGAAGAGCUUUUGAAUGUGUCCUAGAAGACUUUACAUUUGAAGUAAAGGAAGUAAGUUCCCCAUUUAGAAAAAUAGCCAAUAAUACACACGUAGGAAGUUAAAUGUGCACUAAUGUUGGACUUGAUUUUAUUCUUUCAACAUAACCCUGUGGAUAUGUGCUGACUAUGGAAGGGUUACAUCCUGACGGUGGUAUUUGUAGACUAGAGAUGUGUUGAAGGGUGUAUUCAUGUUUUCAUUUGACCUUUUCUAUAUACACAUACCAAAAUGGUUAGCUUCAUAAGGCUUGCAGUUCAUUUGCAAAUAACUUAAACACUACAGAAAACUAGAUUCUACUUUCUCCAUAUUUUCUUUUUUGGACUGUUGAAUUUUAGGUGAGUGUAGGGAGUCAGCGGUUGUAAAUACUAAGAAAUACUGUGAAUCUGACUGUACAGUGAUCCUCCACACUUGAGUGCUGGGGAGAGUAACAUUGGUCAGUAAAUAUUUCCAUUAAACGUUGAACUAUU